AAAAUUGGGGAGUUCCCCCUUCGAUUCGACACAUAAUUGUCUCUCUUCGGCUCUCCUUUCUUAAUUAUUGUUUCUCAAGAAUUAAGGAAAAAAAGAAGCUUUAUUAGGCCUGAGUUGUCACUCAAUCACCACUGUUUUGAUUUGAGACGGAUUUUCUCUUUUUUGGUAUAUUUUGAAAUCUACAUUUAUACAGCAGUAGGGAAGAAGAAACAAAUCAACAAUUCUGGUUACUUCUUCACCCUUGUAUUUGUAAGGGUUUUAGCUUCAUCACGGAUGUGUAGAGAGCGUUUUUGAACACCUCAGUGGUGUUUAAAUAGGUCAAAUUGUCCAAGAAUUGAUGGACGAGAUUUCCCUUCCACUUAAUCUGAGUAACUUGAUAGGCGAAGAAAAAUCGCUCUAUGCAACGUGUGUUGACAUUGCUGGGAUUGACCUUAUAGCAAACGUUUCGAAAAAUCUGUUUCUUGAACCAUCCAUGACCAAGCUGCCUUCCAUGUCUCUCAUCUCCGAGAAUAGGCAUUCUCGUUGUAAUGUUCCUCACAACGGGGUUCUGAUUAGGGUAGAUUCAAACUUCGAUACGUCCAAGGGUGGUGAUCCAGCGGUUCAUCCGUUUCUCGAUUCUCAAUGUGUGACUGAUAUCCCUAAUGACAUUUGCAUUGAAGAUUGUCUAAAUAAGAAGAGAAAUAUGUCUCAGAGUAUCAAGAGAUCGGAGUCGUGGGUAGCAACUAUAGCAACUGAGAUAGUUGAUGAUCUCGUUUCUUUAGAAGAGAACGGUGAGGCUGUCAAGAUAAGAGAACCUAAAAGGACCUUUUCAGCUUCUCUCGUUGAGAUUACUGAGGAAAUGAAGAUAAAUAAGCCUAUUGUUGCUUUUAGUUUACCACCUCUUUGGGGACUAACAUCUGUUUGUGGUAGAAGAGCAGAAAUGGAAGACGCAGCUGUAGCCCUUCCGCGAUUCCUAAAGAUUCCGCCUCAGAUGUUGAAUGACGCCCCACUUUUUAGCUCCAUAUACAAGGACUUAACUGCCCAUGUAUAUGGAGUUUAUGAUGGGCAUGGAGGUUGCCAGGUAGCUAACUACUGCAGAGAGCAUAUGCAUCUAGCUUUAGCCGACGAGAUUGGUGCAGCUAAGGAAAAUUUGAAGGUCGAACAUGGUGAGCACAACUUGAAGGAGAAAUGGCUUAAGAUCUUUCAGAAGUGCUUUCAUAGAUUAGACAAUGAAGUAGGAGGGUUCCCCAGAACUGAUGGUGCUGGUGACAUUGCUUCCGACCUGCAUGAGCCUAUAACCCCAGAAUCGGUUGGGUCCACUGCUGCAGUUGCGAUUGUUUGUUCCACUCAUAUCAUUGUUGCAAACUGUGGGGAUUCGAGGGCAGUCUUGAACCGGGGAAAGGUUCCCAUGCCAUUAUCUGUGGAUCAUAAGCCAAAUAGAGAAGACGAAUGUGCAAGGAUAGAAGCUGCAGGAGGCAAGGUCAUCAAUUGGGAUGGAUAUCGUGUUUCAGGUGUGCUUGCAGUGUCAAGAUCCAUUGGUGAUCGAUACUUGAGGCCGUAUGUGGUUGCAGAUCCAGAAGUAAUGUUUGUUCCUCGCACAAAAGAAGACGAAUGCCUUAUUAUAGCUAGUGAUGGCCUAUGGGAUGUGAUGACGAAUGAGGAGGCUUGUGAUCUAGCGCGAAAGAGGAUUCUGAUCUGGCACAAGAGGAAUGGCACAAUGCUUACCAGCGAGCGAGGGGCAGGGAGUGACCCAGCGGCACAAGAGGCAGCAGAGUACCUCUCGAAGCUUGCCUUCAAAAGGGGAAGCGCAGACAACAUCUCUGUGAUAGUGGUGGAUUUGAAAGCUCAAAGGAAGUUCAAAAGGAAGAUGUGACACAUUGAACUCAUUGUCCCUUCUAACGAGCAGCUAAAAUUUUUCGCUUGGUCGGAAGUUUAUGCCUUGAGCAGUCGACAAAUUCCUGCAAGGUAGUAGUAGCUCUCUAGAAAAGCAUUUUAAGAUGAUAUGAUUUAACUAAGGAAGCAGGGUGUUGUAGAUAAACCUAAACCAUUAUUCUAUGUUGAAGCAAUUGGGACUUUUUUCUCA